CUUCUAGUCCACCACCAUCAUCACCACGACCACCACCACCGGCAGCAUACUCUUGACCCUUGAUUCUAGUACACGCACAGCUAGAUCCCAAGCAAGGCUCACUACGCCUCUUUGCUAAGUCUCAACAUGGUCAAAUACCUCGUCGGGCGCGUAUCCGACCCGCUCUUGGGCCUCUUUACAGGUCUCUUUGCCUACUACAUCUACGAGACCGACCCACGCAACGCGGCUCAAAGGCCAGAGGGAAGGAGGCUGUGGGAUCUGCUCUCGAGAUGGAGCCAAGAUCAGAAGCCGGACAAGAGCCUUUAUCAAGAGGUCAAGCAUGCACACAAGGUCUAGCUUAGCGGAUCUGAGUGAGGAGAUGUGGCUGAUGCGAUAGGAUGAAUGGGCGGAACAGCUUGAUGUGUUUCUCCACGCCGCACAGACGGGUGAGCAGCACACAAAGUUGACGGUGCAUGGGCGAACGAUGGGCGGUGCCGAUUUGUGCAGCAGAAGCAAGCCAUCGGACGAGUCCUGCCAGCAUUCCCUUGUCAUCGAUCCCGCCGGAGGAAUGUGCGCACCUGAUGAGCUGCACUAGCUUUCAACGCUUCCACAGACCCACGUAUACCUUGGUCUCAACGGCUCGUGGUCGAUCGACAUGGUCACGAUAUUCAGUGGGGAAGCUAACGUCACGACGACGGAUGCAUGCUUUUUGAGCAUGGUUUUCACGCAUAACGAAUGGCAAUGAUCAUCCGAGAAGCGGCACAUGGCCAGAGUGUGCAGCAGGCCUGAUGCGAGUCGAAGCACCUUCACUCG